CAGCGCCUCCAUAACCGCCGGAAUCUCUCACCCUCUCUCUCUCUCUUUCUCCGCCGCACCUCGUUCAAAGCGAGUUUCCGGUUUACUCUCUAAUCCCGUCGAAGGUUCUACCGAUACCACUGCUGUAGUCAUGGCUGAAGCUGAGGAUCAGCAAAAUUUCGUCGCAAACAAUGGAGACGAGGUACCAGAGCAUGGGUUGGAUGAGGUCCAUAACGGGUUGCAGUACCAGGUCGAUGAUGAGACUCUCGGUCACCAACCGUACCAGGUUCAAGAUCCGGUUCUUGAACCGGAGCAGUACGAGGUUCAAGAUCCGGGAUUUGAGCCUCAGGAGUUCGCUGGUCAGUUAGAGUACAAUGAUUACCAGGUGCAGGAUGACCAGGUUAGUGAAGAAGUCCAAGACCAGCCGCGGGAUGAGCUGCAGUAUCAGCCGCAAGAUCAGGAGGAGUAUCAGUUGCAAGAACAGGCUGAGUAUCAGGUUGAAGGAGAGGCAGGAGAUCAGGAUGGUGAUGAAGUGCAAGAUCAAGGUGAAGGCGAGGAAGGAGUUCCUGAGCGUGUUGAGGAUUUAGAGAAGUCAGAGCCUGAAGGAGAUGCAACAGCUGGAGGCGAGGAGAAGAGGUGGCCCGGAUGGCCUGGAGAGACGGUGUUCCGUAUGUUGGUUCCUGCACAGAAAGUGGGUAGCAUCAUUGGUCGCAAGGGGGAUGUCAUUAAGAAGAUAGUUGAGGAGACAAGAGCUCGUAUAAAGAUUCUCGAUGGUCCUCCAGGCACAACCGAAAGAGCUGUGAGUCUCUAAAUCCUUUUUUAUGUGCCUUACAUUUCGUGCUAUAUAAGUUGCAGCUAUUAGUAAAUGCUCUUGAAACAAAACUAAAAUCUUAAUUAUAGGGAAACUAAUAUAGUAGUAGAUGCACACUUUUUUUUUCCGUAUAAUUCACUGAUCUGAAAUUUUAGGCGCUAGCUUCUGUUAAAAAAUGUAAAGGCCAUGAACUUUUGGUUAAAAGACAACACUUGAGCAUACUUUCCCUUAAUCUUAAUAAAGAUGUAAGUAAACAGAUAGGAAACUAAACACCCCAACUGAAAGAAG